CUUUUUUUUAACUUUUCACCCACUUUACCGAAUUUCAUCUUCUCUUCUUUUGAUCAUCAUCAUCAUAUCUGAUCGUAAAUCAGUAAUAAGGAAGAAGAUAACAUUCUUUCUUCUCACAUCUCUCGAAAACUUUUGAUCAAUUACAAUCACCUUCUCAUUCACGGACCACGGAAUACGGAAAGGAGACAAGAUUAUCUCAAGGCACGGGCUUAUUAAUAAUUUUCAUUAAUCAUGGCCGCCACAAUGGACGGUUUCGGCGGGGCUUCAUCAUCUUUUCUCGGAUCAGCGAACACUUCUUAUCCUGCACGUGCUCGGUCACCGCCAUUUUAUAAUGAUGUAAAUUAUCAACCAAGCAAUAAUAUUGGCUCUUCAAUUGGCCGUUCAUCAACGCCAGGAUCACAAAUUCGUUCUGGUUCAAAUUCGACUGCUAAUUCCGCAAUGAAUCCAAACGGAUCCUCAACUUUAGUUGCAACCGCAAAUGGACCGAUGAUGUCCAAUGCGGCAAUCGCUUCUGCUUCUGCCAUCUCUGAUUCAAAAAAGAGAAAUUUAGAGGGAAAAGGACAUCGUAAGCGCAGUUCUUCUUUAGUUAUGGUGGAAAAGAUUGAGCAAAGUCACGAAGAACUGUUAGAUCAAAGUGCAGGAUACAAUUACAAUGCCGACUGGGUGAACUACAAAGGUGCAUGGGUAAUUCACGUUGUUCUAAUCGUUGCUGGUAAGAUCUUACUCGAUGCAGUACCAAGUAUGGGACAAGACACCAGUUGGACGAUUGUCAAUUUGAGCUACAUGGCACUAUCAUAUCUGAUGUUCCAUUACGUUACCGGAGUGCCAUUUGAAAGCAAUGCUGGUGUGUACGACGAAUUAACGCUAUGGGAGCAGAUCGAUGAAGGAGCACAAUAUACACCAGCAAAGAAAUGGCUAACGAGUGUGCCGAUCGGAUUAUUCUUGAUCUCAACGCAUUACACUCGAUACAAUCCUUGGUUGUUCAGCUUGAACUUCUGUUCGCUACUCUUUGUUUUGUUCCCUAAAUUGCCAAUCCUUCAUCGACUCAGGUUCAAGAUCAUGAUGCCUUUCACACCUGCUCAUUCGAUGCCACCCACACCUGUCCCUUCAAGACCUUCUUCGGCGGCAGGAUUCCGUUGAAAGAUCAACAUACACACAAAUACAGCACUAUCUCUUCACGUCUACGUCAAUUCAAGCAUGAAUACCCAAUUCAAUUCCGAUCUUGUCCGUAAGCAACCUUUAAUCCGGUCUCGUAAUGAAAGAAUAACGGCGAAUGCAUUAAAAGCCUUUCUUGCAAUGUCAUUCUGACUUGGCUUUCCAACUCACUUCAUUGCGAUCUUUUGGCCCUCCUUUUUUAACUAGCAGCAUUCCGUAUUCAGAUUCUUUCCCUUUCUACUUUUGUAUAUCUUACGUAACAGGUUUUACCUAUGUCACA